AUGUUGACAAGUCGGUGUGCCACCCUCCCCAGCGAAAGCUCAGAAAAACCACAGUGGCCGGCCAUCGCAGCGCAAAAUCUCGCUCACCAAGAACAGACGGCAACUUAUCAUGAUGAGAAUACCGUUGGGUCUGGUUCCAGACCAACAUCUCUUCAGUCGCGCCACUCGUCUAGUGUGGCCGAACAUCAAUUCGACGACUUUAUGGACGCCCAAGCAGGUCCAGAUGACGUGAGCCGACCUCGACAACCAAAGGCUCUGAUCUCCUCUCAACUAUGUGUCAAAUCUGCCGUAAGUGAACAAGAAGCUCGAGAUGGCCAGCAGGUCAUGAAUCUUCUGGACGCGCCUAGCGAGCUACAUAUGUUCGAUGACAAUGACAGCUGUGGGGAGUCCUCUGUAUCCCCUUACACCAAGUCGUCACUGAGAACGGCGUUGUUCGGUGCCAGCGAACGAACGGGCUCGAAUUGGACCAUGCUUCUUGACUUCCAGCCCAACCUCUUGAUGGGAGACAACCUUGCUGAAAUCCAACAUCAUUUCGGCGAUGUUGACCCGGAACAAGCAAAGGAGCUGUGGAUGGACAGUUGGCGCGACGUCUUUACGAGCUACACAGACGAGGUCUGGGGGGACCUCGGUUCCCUCGUCCGAGAGGCCCAAAAGGAAGUCGAAAAGGCGCAGGAGCAUGGGCAGGGGAGAACCGAUAUGAAGGCGCUACAGCGGCUCAGACAGAUUCUAGCGCAUGUUCGGGGACCACACGAUUAA